GGCGUUUUCGGGGUUAGUUUGAAAAGGCACCGCGGGUCCGGCGAGCCACUGACUAUGGCUCAAGAAACGAGUUUAUGUAUCUUAUCGUAAAAAUGGAAAAAGUUAGUUUAGACACCCCAGUCGACAAUUUCGUCUGGUGGCUUUAUUUAUGGCCUGUGGACUUAUUUUCAGAGGCGCCGGCUGGAGAUAUGUCUCUGGCCUGCAAUAACUGCAUACUAAUCAAAACAAUUGCGUGGAGGAAGGUGACCAUCACCGUGGACCGCCGAGACGGGAAAGAAACUGCUGAAACAGAAACAGGACCGCAUAAGUCCUCCGAAGGUUACCAUGACGGCUGCAAAAAAGGACGCACCUGGAAAUAGCGGCGACAUUUUUGGUGAAAACUGGUUUGCAAGGAGUACAUACAAGAUCUGAGAACAGGAACUGCAGAAAGCCAUUCGCUGUCUAACAUAGGGAACAUCCAUUAAGAGAACCCAUGACUUAAUUACCAUCCCAAAAUGUCAGACUCUCCACUCUGUUAUCCAGUAAUAAGGCUGAAGAUAAAAGUUCCUCAGAGCUUCAGGUGGCAGGUUGAAAAUGUCUGAGUUUUUUAUGGAGUGUGAGGAGGAGGAGCUAGAACCAUGGCAAAGGAGCAUCCCAGAAAUUAAUCUGGUGGAUGAUGAUGCCGACGAUGAUGAACCCGUUUUUGUUGGAGAGAUCCGUAACUCCGAAGUGACUCCAAACACCAGACCAAGUCCCGCUCCUGUCGUAAAAGCUGUCAACCAGCAGGGGGGGGGCGGGGCCGGGGCCACCGUACCAACGUCCCCCCAAAGGCCCCCACAGGCCACGGCCGGUGCUCAGCCCAUCUCCUGCACCUCCUCCGGGCCCAUAUUGCCCCAACCCGCCUCCUGCAGCUCCUCUGGGCCCAUAGUGCCCCAGCCCGCCUCCUGCACCUCCUCCGGGCCCGUAGUGCCCCAGCCCGCCUCCUGCACCUCCUCCGGGCCCAUAUUACCCCAGCCCGCCUCCUGCAGCUCCUCUGGGCCCAUAGUGCCCCAGCCCGCCUCCUGCACCUCCUCCGGGCCCAUAGUGCCCCAGCCCGCCUCCUGCACCUCCUCCGGGCCCAGAGUGCCCCAGCCCGCCUCCUGCACCUCCUCCGGGCCCAGAGUGCCCCAGCCCGCCUCCUGCACCUCCUCCGGGCCCAGAGUGCCCCAGCUCGCCGUCAGGGCGACAGCGCAGUCCGUCACCAAGUCUUUACUCAUUACUGUGGCGUCUCGGCCUGGGUCCCUUCCCACCGUCACACGGCCCGUGUCCCACGCCCUAUCCGCACAGUCUCCCCGGACCAUAAUCAUCAACAACCAGGGCUACAUAGUGACGUCUCCCCAAAUAGCCAACAACUCUACGUUCAUCGCUUCUCUUGGAAAUCAGUAUCCACCUGGAACAUCUUUCACUGUUCUUCCAGCUGGGCAGCAGUUGCUGCCGCAGGUGACUCCUGCGAAGGCUGUACCAGGGGUGGUCCGCAGGCCCCAGGUGCAACUGAUACAGAACAGCAUUGUCACCCUGGCCAACGUGCAGAGCCCUCCGCAGCCAAAGCAGCCGGCUGCGCAGUUCAGCCCUACCAAGCUGCAGCCUCUACAAAUGAACGCGGCCACACUUCAGCCCAUACAAGUGCAGGGUAUUAUGGGAAAAGGAGCGCAGACUGAAGCGUUGAGCAGCCAGGCGAGCGCGAGCGAGGAGCUGAAGAGGAUCGUGUUGGAAAGCGCGCGUCGGCACGGGGCGCCCCUCAUACCCUGGGUGGGGACUUUCGGCCGCGGAAGCUGCCAGCUCGAGAGCUUCUUCGACCAGAUCAACCGCAGACCCGAGUUCGCCGACCACCCGCUGCGGGACCCCUACAGGACGACGGCCUACUGGAGGAACCGGCUGGCGGACGCGCUCGCGCAGUGCGCGGAGGCGCGGGCCCUGUCCGGCCUGUCUGAGGGGGCGUGGGGCGAUUUCCUGCAGCCGCUCAGGACGUCCGGCGCGUGGCCGUCCGACGUCGGCGACUACGUCCUGCCUGGGUUGGCUCACCUGUUCAGAGUGCACGUGCUCGUUUACCAGACCUUCUACAACCCGCGGCAGCCCACCCCGAUCGUGGUCGUCCCCGCCACGGUCUUCGGGGCCGAGCCCUUCGGCCGCAACCCGGUCAUUCUCGGCUGGAACUCCAGCCGCUACGAGAAUUUCGUUUGCACCUCCGACGAGUCCCUGAGGAGGACGGCGGAGCUGGUGGAGGAGUGGAGGAGCGGCGCCUACGCCGUGUCCGUUCACGACGUCCCCUCUCUGCAUCGGCAGUGGGAGCAGGCCGAGGAUGAGAGGAGGCAGAGCGCUUGCAAGGAGGAGGACCCGGAAAAAACAGAACGUAACGCGGUGGACUCUGAUUGGCCCGUUCCGCGCCUGAGGUGCAGGGGAUGCAGUAGAGCAUUUAAACGUAUCAUCCCUCAUCUUGAAAGUAAAGGCGGUUCGGCGUGCAGACAGCAUUACUCCGAACAGGAAAUUAGCCGUCGCAAAGCCGCCAUAAGCCAUCACAAAGCGGCCCUGGCGAGGGCAAGACACAUACGGUACAUGGAGAAAAACACAGAUGAGGUAAGAGAUGGGUACAGGUGCAGGGUGUGCAAUAGAACGUUCAGGCGUAUCAUUUCUCAUCUUCACAGCAAAGGUGGUUCGGCAUGCAGGCAGCAUUAUUCGGAACAGGAGAUAAGCCAUCACAAAGCGGCCAUGGCAAGGGCGAGGAAAAGACGAUACAUGGAGAGAAACAUCGAUAAAGUGAGAGACGGCAACAGAGUCAGUGUUUCAAAGAGGAGAAAACUCGAACCGGACAAAGUGAGAGAGCAGAACAGAGCUGCCUCUUCCAAGAGAAGAAAACUCCAACCAGACAGAGUGAGAGAGCAGAACAGAGCUGCUUCUUCCAGGAGAAAACAACUCCAACCAGAAAAAGUGAGAGAGCAAAACAGAGCGUCUUAUUACAAGAGAAAACAACUCCAACCAGACAAAGUGAGAGCACAAAACAGAGCGUCUUAUUACAAGAGAAAACAACUCCAACCAGACAAAGUGAGAGCACAAAACAAAGUGUCCCGUUACAGAUACAGACUUAAUCAUCCCGACAGGAUAUCUCACCAGAGGAAAAUGUACUAUAUCACACAGAAGAGGAGGCAGAACAUUUGCAAGGAGGAGGACCCGGCAGGGAUGGAACACAACACGGUGGACUCUGAUUUGCUCAUUCCAGACCUAGGAUGCAGGGGACGCACCGAUAUCACUUUUUCACUCCCGAUUCCGAUCCCGGUCCAUGAACUUUGAGUAUCGACCGAUACGAUACGAUACUAGCGUUUUUUUUUUUUUUCUCCUUUUAUUUCUCCCGUAUACAAACCCUGGUUCAUUCUUGCUUCUAAACGAGUAACACCCAAGUAUGGAAAAGUUGAACACCCCAUUUCCUAACUUUGUAAAUGGUUAGAAAUAAAAGUGAUAAGAGCAUGACUGAAUU